CAGCUAUGCUCAGUGGAUGCCGAACAUUUUGUAAAAUUGCAGCAGCAUGACGUUGGUGGAAAAACUGGUACUAGCGGCGGUGGUAACCUGUGCCUGUCUUACCGUAUCAUGGGCGACCCCGGUCGAUCCGGAGCGUUACUUCCUGGUGGAGGCGGAACCGCGAGCCAAUUUGGAGGACUACCGACUGAACGAUGACGUGUGGCCUUCGCGGUACGAUAUCGAGAUCAAACCCUACCUCGAGACGGAAGGCACCAAACAGCAGUUCACUUUCGAUGGCACCGCAAAGAUCACGGUUCGCACCGAGAAGUCUAAUGUCAUGCAGAUCAAGCUCCACUCGGCACGGAUGGAUAUUCGAUCGUGGAGUGUCACUCGCAGCUCGACCAACGCGGUAGUGCAGACGAGAGAAGCCGUUCACGACGCCGAAACGGAGAUCCUAACGUUGCCUUUGAACGAAGCGCUGGUGCCAAACGAGGACUAUGUUUUACUGUUCACCUACAUCGGAAAUAUGGACGAGGACAUGCAUGGGUUCUACCGGAGCUAUUACUGGGUCAAUGGGGAAAAGGUUUGGAUGGGUUCGACCCAGUUUCAGCAAACCCACGCUCGACGUGCAUUCCCUUGCUUUGACGAGCCCAAAUUCAAGGCUACUUUCCAGCUGAAGAUAAACCACAAAAGCCCACAGUACAAUGUGUACUCCAACACUCCGAUCUUGAGCAGUGCGUUUGCAGAAUCUGGACGAAACCUGACGACGUUCGCCGUUACGCCCAUAAUGUCGACCUACUUGGUGGCGUUUAUUAUGGCUCCCUAUGAUACCAACGAACGCGAAGGACUGGGUAUCCUUGCACGUCCGGAGGCUCGCAACCAAACGCAGUACAGCUUGGACGUCGGCAUCAAGCUGCUGAAGGCUCUCGGUGAUUGGAUUGACUACCCGUACGCGAGCGUGCCGGAGAUGACGCGCAUGUACAUGGCUGCGGUGCCCGAUUUUUCCGCCGGUGCAAUGGAAAACUGGGGCUUGCUGACGUACAGGGAAACCAACAUACUGUACCGAUCGGAUGACUCAACCAGCAUGCAGCAACAGCGAAUUGCGGCCGUCAUUUCGCACGAGAUGGCCCACCAGUGGUUCGGAGACCUGGUGACCUGCGAGUGGUGGGACGUGACCUGGCUGAACGAGGGUUUCGCGCGGUACUAUCAGUAUUACGGUACUGCCCUCGUGGAAACGGAUUGGGAUCUGAACCAUCAGUUCGUGGUGGAGCAGCUGCAGGGCGUCAUGCAGAUGGAUAGCCUGACGUCCACGCAUCCGAUGACGCAUCCCGUGUACACGCAGGCCCAGUCCAGUAGCAUCUUCGAUAACAUUUCGUACAAUAAGGGUGCUGUCAUGUUGCGAAUGAUGGAGCAUUACCUUUCGACCGACACCUUCAGGACUGCGCUGCGGGUGUACGUCAAGGAACGCGCGUUCAAGUCCGCACGUCCGGAAGAUCUGUUCAACGUACUCAACCGGUACGAUCCGAACGCCAGGUCCUACAUGGAACCGUGGACGGUGCAGUCGGGUUAUCCGCUGGUAACCGUUACCAGUCACGAAAGUGGGUUCACACUCACGCAGAAGCGUUUCCUCGUCAACGAACCCUCGCACUCGGAUGAAACGCGUUGGCCUCUACCGGUUACGUAUGCCACCAAGUCCGCUGAUUUUGUUAACACGAAGCCCACAUUCUACACCGGAGCUUCGUUCGACAUUCCGAUGCAGGACGCUGCCAACGUGCAGUACUUCAUCCUGAACAACCAGCAGGUGGGCUACUAUCGCGUUAACUACGAUGCUCCGUUGUGGAACAAAAUUAGCAAAGCUCUCAAGAGCGAGGGCUUCGGUGGAAUUCACGUGCUGAACCGCGCGCAGAUCGUUGACGAUCUGUUCAAUCUGGCGCGUGGCGACAUCGUGCCGUACGGUACGGCGCUGGACAUUCUCGAGUACCUCAAGGAGGAAACGGAAUACGCACCCUGGUUGGCCGCAGUCAAUGGGCUAACCACACUGUCCCGCAGAAUUCACGCCGACGAUGAGCACCUGUUCGCGAUGCACAUCCUGGACAUUUUCAAUAAGGCAUAUGACACCGUCAAAUUCCAAGCGCCAAGCUCAACGGAGCGAAGAGUGGUCACCUACAUGCGCCAGAACGUGCUGCAAUGGGCUUGCAACUACGGUCACGAGGAAUGCAGCAAGGCUGCCGUGGCGGAGUUUGAAAGAUUCCACCAAAAUCCCACUCAGAAAGUACAUCCCGAUCUUCGCCAGGUCGUGUACUGCGAAGGCAUCCGCAAGGGUUCAAUGGAGCAGUUUGAGUUCUUGUUCAAUCACUACCUCUCGACCAACAUGGCCACGGAGCAGAUUCUCAUUCUGCAGGGUUUGGGCUGUGCCUCAACGGUCGAGCUGAUCACGACAAUGAUGGAUGCAAUCGCUUCGCCGCAUGUUCGCUCGCAAGACAAGAGCAAUGCCUACACGUACGUCAUCAAUAAUCCGUACACCUUGCCGUAUGUCUCGCGUUACCUACAACAGCACCAUGCUAUUUGGGCUGCCGCCCAUAACGGUUACUCAAGCGUGGCCACGGCGUUCAACAACCUGCUUGGUAGGUUGAAGAGCGACAUCGAACGGGACUCGAUCAACACCUUCAUCGAGGCGAACAAAAACACCCUCGGACAGUCCGCGUACGAUUCGAUCAAGAAUGGUUUAAUGGAUUACGAAAACAACAAGCAGUUUACGAUGAGGAAUCGUGACGAGAUUCAGGCGUUCUUGAAAGAGAAAGCCGACGGUGGAGCAGCAACGAUGCUAGCCAACGUGACGAUGAUCGUUGGGCUUUUGCUGCUGGUUCUCGCACGUUGGUAGGUACGGUAGUACAACUCUGUCCCGUACGACAAGCA